AUGAAUUCCAAAACACGAAUGCUGUUAUUGGUUUCAUUCCUUUUAUCACUGCUGAUGGCUAAGCACUAUUUCAGGAAUAAACAAGGAGGCCAGCUCAAGCUCUCAGACUGGUUUAAGCCUAGAAGCCGCUUGGACGUCAUCACCACCACAGACUGGCUGGCCCCGGUUGUGUGGGAAGGCUUGUUCAAUAGACAGCCCCUGGAGAAAUAUUACCAGAACAUCACCGUGGGCUUGGCUGUCUUUGCCAUUGGCAAGCUUGCAGAAAACGACCUGGAUCUGUUCCUACGGUCAGCCAACAAGUUCUUCAUGCCCGGUCACAGGGUGAUCUUCUAUAUCAUGGUGGACACCUACCCUAACCUGCUGCCCAUGGAGCUCAGCCCUCUGCGGUCCUUCCAGAUCAUCCCGCUGCAUGAGAAGAACUGGUCGUACAACUCUGACCUCAUGUGCAUGAAGUUCCUGGGUGAACACAUCCUGGAGCACAUCCAGUACGAGGUGGAUUUUCUCUUCAGUAUGUCCACCAACCUGGUCUUCGAGAGUGAAUUUGGGGUGGAGACUCUGGGCACAUCGGUGGCUUUGCUUCAUUCCUGGUGGUAUUUUAGAAACACCAAAAACUUCCCCUACGAGAGGAGGCUGAAAUCCGCAGCCUACAUCCCCUUCGGUCAGGGAGAUUUCUUCUAUGGCAGCUCCAUUGUUGGUGGCACACCAGAGAAGGUUUUGAACCUCAUCAAUGAGUACCUAAAAGAUGCUAUCCAGGACAUGGAAAAUGGAGUUAACAGCACCUACGAAAAGUACCUCAACAAGUACUUCUUCCUCAACAAACCCACCAAGCUGCUGUCCCCAGAGUAUAGCUGGAAUCCCAAGUUCAAACCCCCCCAACAGGUGAGGUUUGUGAAGAUCUCACACUACCCUAGGGCCAACUUUUGA